UUAAGCAAACAUUGUAAAUAUUAUGUUUGCCAGUAAAAUUUGUUUUAAUUCAUAUCUUAAAUGUGUGAUUAUUCUUUUUGAAAAAUAACAUGCCAUAUUGUACACUUUUUAUUUCAAGUAUUUUUUUGAUAAUUGAACUUGUAAUAGUACGUGGAUACGCGUUGUCACAUUCAAUAUCUCUGCAAAAUAAUUUUAAAGCGUCAUUUCCACCUUUUUCGUUACAGCAUCCAAACACGAAAGCAGUUGUUAGUGAUGACAAAAGAAUACGUGGUGAAUCUUCAUUCAUAACAAAUCCCAUGGGACAGGUUGGAGUAUUAAUGGAUUCUAUAAAUGAUGCCAUGUACGGGGAAACACUAACAGAAAAAUUAUUAUCUGAUAGCCAUGUUCAAAAUCAUUUAACAAAAUCUUCGCUUGUCUUAGAAGACGAAGAAGAAGGUGACAUUACAAAUUCACCAUUUUUUAAACGAAGUAAUUUCUUUGAUGUAUAUCCAAAUCCUUUUAAAAAUGCGCCCGCAUGUCACCGACCAAAUAUGAAUGAAUCGUUCUUAUGUGAUCCUGAUGGUUUACUCCAAACACACGCGGCAGACAUGAUUGAAGAACAGCUCGCACUCAUACGUCAAACGUGUAAGCAUCCUUGCGAUGUCACACAAAAUUCUUUAGAAAAUAGCGCAGUAGCUCAACCAACAACAGAAUGCAGAAUUGCUGUGGCUUUAGUGGGUGAGCUUCCUCCAGGCUUAUCUGGGAACAAGAUGGCACAAGAAUUGUUACAUCGGUGGUCUGUAGGUAAUCCGGAGUGCAGUGACGGACUUUUACUUUUAUAUGUUAAGGCUACGAAUUCGCCAUAUAUACAUUGGAAUCCAGGAGAAAAUCGUUACCUAACCUCUAAAGUGAAAGCAGCAGUGAUGCCCCUUUUAGUGUAUUUAUUUUCUAAAAAAGCUCCUUCGGACGCCAUACAACGUGCACUAGCCAUUUUAUCAAUGGAGCAACAAGGAGGAAUUCCCCCGACACGUCGAAUCACACAACUACUAGUUUUAGUUGGAAUUACUCUUGUUACAACAAUAAUAUUCAGUUAUUUUUUAAUAUUGCAAUUUUUGUCAAUGGUAAGGCUAGCAAAACGUAGUGCUACAAGGCCGAACAAUAAUAAAAUACGUGAAUGAUUUUGAUAUUAACUUGAAUAAAAGCUAGGAAAUAAAAUAUUUUAUAGGAUUUCUAACUUUACCUAUUUGAAACGUGAAAAACUUAUUUGAGAGAACAGAUGGCGUGCAUAAACUGCGAAAAUCGCGUGAGAAUAUUGAGGAAAUUCACUAAAACUGUUUUUUAACAAGGGAUUACCAAGGAAGAAUGUUCAUUGUUAAAACGUUAAAGUUUUUGUUUGUUACAAAAAAGAAAAUGUGCAGCCGAUGUCGACAAGAUAGACCGAUAGACCAUACAUGACAAAAGUUAUAAUUGCAAGAUCUCACUAAAAUAAAAAGACUUUAAAUGCAGAAAUUGUUAAACUCAUAGUAUAAAGGUUCGUCAUAUUUCUCAUGUUAAGUAAAUAAAAAAGUUAUCCCUAGCUCUACAUGUCAUUAUGUCAUAUGUUCGAACUCUUUUAAUCAAUGUUUUUAUUUUAAAUAGUAUCCUGAAACAGUAUCGUUAGCUUGAUACAAAUGAGUUUUGAAAGAAUUUUUUAAUAGUCACGUAAACAAAAAGAAACAUUUUAAAAAAAAAAAAUUUUAGGUUACAAAAGGGUAUCACACAUUUGUCAAAGAACUGUAUGUUCCAUUACUGGUCUCAUGAAAUCUUUUAAACCGUUGUGUAUGAAAAUCUAGGCCACUUGAUUUGACCGAUUUCGCUGUUGAAUUUCACUAGGAAGUAUACGUCUAUGGUUCCAAAAAUAAAAAUUUCGUUGAAUUAUUUCCUGUUGCGAUCUUUUGUUUACCCAAAGCGGAAUCAUAGCCGUCGAAAUUAGCAAUUGGUAUGAACCACUUUCUGUUUGCGUACUUUCGAGUAUUUGACCAUAUGGAUACCCAUAUUGAUCACCUAGAAAAUCACAAUAUUUUUCCCAUAAAAGAAAAAGUCCUAGAAUUCCUAUACAGCUGCUUAAUAACCAUAGAUUGUAAAUA